AUGGUGAAUGGUGUCAAGGUAAAAGAUAGUCUUGAUGGAGCCUCAAACUUCAACUCUUGGAAUCCGAGGGUACUCAUUGCAUUAGAGGAGAAUGAUCUUCUUGAUUUUGUGGAACGUGAUAUGCCUGAGCCUUUCGAUGAUAGUGAGAAAAUCAGGUGGAAGAAGAAUGGCAUGAAAGCUAGGAAGAUCUUGAUAGACUUUGUGAUGAAUCACCUACUACCAAUCAUCUCCAAGUUGAAUUCAUCUAUAGAAAUGUUUGAUACUCUAAAAGGCAUCUAUGACAUCAACAACACCAGCAGAGCCCUUGCUUUGAGACAACAACUUCACCAUGUAAAAAUGGAUAAAGAAGAUUCAGUCAUCUCAUUCUUUAUGAAGAUUACUUAUUUUAGAGAACAAUUGAGUGCUAUUGGGGACAUGAUUGUAGACAUGGAUCUUGUUAUACUAGCACUAAAUGGUCUUCCCCAAUCUUGGGAGCCCUUCAUCCAAAGAAUCAAUGGGAGAUCUAAGUUGCCCAAGUUUGAUCAUCUUCGAGCUAAUUGUAUUCAAGAAGAGUCCAGGUUGGCAGCAAGAGGAAUGUUAGGACCCGGAGGCAACUGA